AUGGCAGCCAAUACCCGCCAGCACGAAGGGCCUAUCUCUGUCAGCAGCAUCUUGAGCCGUCGGGUCAACCGAUUUCGCGAUGAUUCCGACCAGAAGAUUUAUGACACUUUUGUUCCCCAAGACAAUAUACAGUCAUUGACUGAGAGGGACAAGGUUGAACUAACAUUGAAUGAAGAACUAACCAAACCUGAAGAUAUUCUAGCAUUGACGGAGUACGUCGUAGGGAAGGCCAAGAAGGUGUUCCUACUCCUCAUUUACUCCGACACUAUCAAGUACAUCCGGGACCUUCAAACAACUGGUUUCACAGACGAAGACCUUCCAGUGAUCAUGAGGGAGUCCGAAGAUGGCUCCAGCGUAUCGGUUCAUAGGUGGCGCGCCCACGACACCUCGACGUAUGCAGAGAGGCAAAGCCUCACCUGCUUUUCGAGCUGGACUGAACCCGAACUUGAAGACUUCCUUGAGAAGCAGUGGAUUUUCCUAGCUCCAGUUUUCGCACGGAACAAGUUCGCCCAUGUCUUAUAUAGCCGGUCUCCCCUCCCUUACAUGCGCACACAGGGUUCUGACACGUCCUCGGGCGAGGGGCACUUUGGUACGAUCAGGAAGCGUGGCCUCCACAAUGGACAUCACAAGUAUCAGAGUUUGAUUAAAGAUGAAGGGACCGGGCGACAUAUCGCAGUUGCCGUGAAGACGCUGAACAACCAAGGCUCAGCGGUCACUGACGUCGAAAAGUUCUACACUAAAGAGAGUGAGACUCUUGAGAAGAUGAAGAAUCUGGGCCACCGCCAUCUGAUCAAGGCGGUUGCUGCGUACAGAAAGGGGCCUGACAGGUGCUUCGUGUUCCCGUGGGCACAGGAGGGCAGUCUUCGAGACUUUUGGCGAAACUACUCAGCCAGUCUUAAUGAAGGCCUCGUCUCUUGGGCUAUUGAGCAGAUGGUGGGCCUUUCCGAUGGCCUCAGGGAGCUACACAAGGAUCACACUCGCCAUGGUGAUCUCAAGCCAGACAACAUACUUUGCUUCACAUCCGGAAAUGAGAGGACUCUGGUGCUUGCCGACGUUGGUCUCGCAAAGUAUCACCCUGAAUAUACCCGAGACCGAACCAAAGCUACAACUACUCGACACGGGAGCAGGAUCUAUGAGCCGCCCGAGAUGUCCGCUAACCGAGGCAAUAUCGUCGUCUCACGGAAGUAUGACAUAUGGAGCCUAGGAUGCGUCUUCCUGGAGUUCACCAUUUGGUUGCUCUAUGGUCGGAGUGGUCUUGCCUCGUUCCGCAACACACUCCUCAACAAUCCCGACAUUGACAGAUUCUGGCAGAAUGACACAGAUGGGAAGCCAAAAAUACAUCCAGUUGCUCGAAACUGGCUCGACAAGAUUUUGGCCAAAGAUCUCCAAGGUGUUUCGGCGCUUCGUGACUUGGUCCGGUUGAUCGUCAAACGGCUUCUAGUCCCUGAUAUGGAAGAACGUGCCGAUGCCGAGGGCGUUUUUCCUGAACUCGAUACCAUCCGGCGCAACUCUUCAGGUAACCACCAAUAUCUAUUCAAUUCUGAGCUCGAGGAACUGGCGAAGCAGAGGGGCGGGUCAGACUUCAUUGCAGAGGAUGACAUGCCACAUCCUUCCAGAGAAUAUCCGCGCACGAGUUUGCUUCAUGGCCAGUGGCGAAACGUAACAGACAACGAAAGCGCACGCACGAUCAUCUCACAUCUCGAUUGGCCUUCCCUACGCCUAAAGGCUGAUGCGUCCGGAGUUUGCCAUUACUGUGCCACCUUGGGCUUUCAGCUACCUACCUUGGACUUACAUCGCAGCAUUGAAGAGCUGAGAAGUGGUUCGGACGAGUGCUCGCUCUGUCACUUCUUGUUCCGCUGUCUUUCAAAAGUCAAGCCCAAGCCCGAAGAGCCAGUGAGGCUGUUCCGAGAUGAUUCCUCACAUGCACUUCGAGUCCUCCCAAGUUCUGCUCCCGUCAUAUCCAUAUACUCUGACACAGUCUCUAGAGACAAUCCUCCAUCAUACGCCCAGCUCGGCCUGCCGAUUCUUCCCGAACUCGGUAGCCAACAGCAAUUCAAGCUUCUGAAUGAAUGGAUAAACUUAUGCGAUACGACCCACAACUGCACCUCUGUUCAGGGACACGAGGGACACGUCGGCAGCAUGCCUACGAGAGUCCUCCAUGUCGGUACCGUUGAGAACCCUUGCCUCCGACUUGUGGAGACUGGGGACAGUAUCAGGGACAAGUAUAUCGCUUUGAGCCACUGUUGGGGGAAGCUCUCAAAAGAGCAGAAAUUUGUCACGUCAGCUGACAACCUCGACAAUCGCAAGGAAGACAUCCCGUUCGAUGAAAUGCCAAAAAGCUUUCAAGAUGCGGUGAUAGUUACUCGUGAUCUUGGUGUUUCAUAUCUUUGGAUCGACUCCCUCUGCAUCAUUCAAGAAGACGAAGCAGACUGGGAGGUAGAGUCUGCCAAGAUGGAAGAGGUUUUCAGCUCGGCAUAUUGUACCAUUGCUGCGAGUUCCGCUCAGUCCUCGCUAGAGGGCUUUCUCGGAGACAGAGUCUCAAGGGCUUGCGUCACUAUCCAUCUUUCUCAGGGGCCCGUAUUAUAUCUCGCCGAGGCAAUCGACGACUUCCAGGGACAUGUCGAGCAGAGUGUUCUGAAUAGUCGUGGUUGGGUGCUCCAGGAAAGAGCACUUUCUCGUCGCACCAUACAUUUCACAUCAACUCAGACCUAUUGGGAAUGCGGACAAGGCAUUUACUGCGAGACCCUGGCUCGGCUACAGAAUCCACAAUCGCAGUUUCUCGGCGACUCUAGUUUCCCAUAUCUAGGGCUACAGUACUACAAGGACGAGCGGAUCCAACUUGUGCAGCACCUGUAUCGAGUCUACUGCGCACUUGAGCUCACAAACUCCACCGACCGAUCCAAGGCGAUUCUAGGUUUGCAGAAACGGCUCUCCCGGACCUUCAAGUCUGGGGCAGAUUACGGGGUCAUCUGGGGCUACUUCGAGAGGACCCUUCUUUGGCAAGCCAAGACCCCGAAUAGCCUGUCCCGUAUACCAUAUCGAGACAGGGGGGUUGUUCCCUCCUGGUCCUGGAUGGCGUGUACCGGGGAAAUCCAGUACAUGGAUAUUCCCUUCCGCCAAGUCAGCUGGACGGGAAAUCCUACGAACCCUAUUGAGAGCGUAUCGGAAGGUGAGGAAUGGGACGGGCAACUGACCGCUGAAGCAAGUCAACUCUUGGUUGAUGAAGACGAGCUCUCGAGAAGAGCUGUCAUUGACUGCAGCACGUUCACGUUCGACUCGGCCGCGUGGCGAUGUAUUGUGGUUGGCAAGAGUAAAGUGGCAGACGAAAGUGGCGACGUCGUUCAUUACGUGUUGUUGAUUCGACCAUUGGGAGGAUUGGCUCAGGUCUAUGAAAGGGUUGGAGUUGGUAUACUUCUGGGCGCACAUAUCUCGAGGGGAACCACAAGAGUGUAUCUCAGGUAG